CUUGAAGGCACCGGCGACCCACUGCUUCUACUCUAUCUAGAACCAUUUGAACCAUUUUGGACUAUAAUUGUAACGGCGGACAAAUCAGAUAAUCUCGACACAAUUGUGUGCCUCAGGAAACCUGGAUCCGCAAACGAAGCCUAGAAAACGGUUUUCGGGAAUGUUUGCGAUUGAUUAUGAAGCAACAUUCAUAGAUCACAGGAGAAUCACUGUGUGUCUGGCGUGCUUAGGCUCUGGGAGUGACGAGGGAACUUUUGAUAGCGUUUUUUGUUCGCUAGUGACUCACUACUCAUUUACCUUUGUACGAAGUAAUGGUUCGAAAAGUGAACAUAUGUUGAGCACGGAUAAACGCGAUUCUCUUUCGGAGACCUCUGAAGUACACAGUGAUAUUGGGAUAUCAAGUUUUAAUACUCGUCAACCAAUCUGGUUAAGGUUCUUAAAGGAAUAUAACCCAAUCAAUAAUGCAUGGAGCUGUUUCCAACCUUAUCGGGCUACUGUUGGACUGCUUGCUUUUGCCUGGUGUUCAAGUCAUUCUGACAUAGAACUACGGGUCAAAGAUUACAUCAAGCAAAAGAAAUUGUUGUCGGCUACGCUUAUCAGUAGUCAACUUUUCCUGUUUUUAAAACCAUUGGGCAUUCAAAACGACUCACUAUCAGUUGAAGAAGCAAAUGCUUUUGUAUCUGAAAUGUUGAAAGAGGAUUCAGCAUUGCUAGGUGAAAUUAUUUGUCAUCCUUCCGAGCAUUUAUUCGCAUCAGAAAUGAAUAUUCUUAAAGAUUUUGGUUACUCUGCUGGGACGGAUGAGUGUUCUUUAGUUGACAAAUCACAUGUUUCAAUUAGACCACCGUUUGUUAAUCAUCGAAUUAGUUCAGUCCUUCAAGCACUAACUUCUGAAAUUUAUUGGAGUUUGAAGAAGAUGCUCGCCGCUAAGUGUCCGAGUGAUAUUAAAUUGAAGAAAAAAGAGUCACAGCUAUCUAAAGAACUAACAGACUCGUCAGACGAUCUAUUAAUGGCUCCAGAAGAAAAUGAAUCGAAGUGGAAUAUUCUUGAUGAAGUCAGACGUAAAGCGCUAGGGCGUACUAAUGCAUUAUCUGCUUUGUCUACCUUUACAGAUAGAUCAGGAUCAACAAGUUCUAUCAGUGCUCAAACAGAUAUAAGUUUUGAGUGGUUCGGAUUUAUCAAACAGAAACGAGCAACGGGGCGGUUUAAGAAAUAUUUGGGUGAUAUAUUUUUACAGUUAGGUGAUUUAGAAAUGGCACAAAUUCAGUAUAAUCUGGCCCUUGAACAUUUAAAACCUAUUAAUGAUACUUUGUGGAUAGCAGGUGCUCUAGAAGGUCUUUGUGCAGUUGCUAUGUGUCAACAUUCUUCUGAUCAUUCCUCAAACCUAGGAACAACACGUUCGAAAUUUCUUCAGCAGCGUCAUCUAGAUGAUAAUUUAACCAAUGGUGAACUACGGAAAUCACAUUCCCAGGAAUCAGAUAUGCUGGAACAUUCAACAUCUUCAAGUUUAGAUCUCGCUUCGUCAAAAUUAUACCACCCUCUUAUAAUAUCAUCCACUGAUUGUUGUAAUUACGCUUUGGAAACAAUUGAGUUAUACCACAAGGUUGAGUUAAAUCCUUAUCUUUUUGAGGAGUUCAAAUUCAAAGUGAUUCGACUACUUAUCUCUGAAUCACAAAAGCGUAAAGCUUGUGAAAUUCUUGAUUCGUUGGUUGGACCAUCUCUUUCCUCGUUUAGUACUGAGAAUCCUUGUUCAAUGAAACGUUAUUUCACUAUUGUUCGUUUAUAUAAAUUGAUGAAUUUCAAUCGUAAGGCUAGUUUAGCCCUAUGGCUUUUAUUAUCAUCAAAUCGACUGAAUCGUGUUGAAUUUGAGCAUGAAAUUUUAUUUAAUGGUUUAAAAAUUCAAUCACUUUCAUCGAAUAUUACGCAAAUGACUGAAACGAAACUCCUAAAUGGUGAUGACGAUACUACUAUUAAUACCACUAUUACUACUAAUAAUAAUAGUAAUAACAUCACUAACAAAGAUUUAAGCUAUUUAAUAAAUGAAAAUAAACCACCAGUAAACGUCACCUAUCGUUUAAUUGCGAAUCCCCCAUUAUGGAGUCCAUUUGUUAUACCUGAUCAAUCACAUUGGUUAAUUCGUCUCACCACAACGAUAUCAAAUUCAUCAACGCUUUCAACCAGUAUAUUUAAUAAUAUAAUUAAAUUAAAAUCCAUGUCUAAUAAUACACGUCAUAUUAAUUCAAACAUGAGUUCUAAUUCCAAUAGUUUAUAUUCAUCAAAAUCAUGUCUACUAUUCCGUUUAGUUGGUUGGUGUGAUUUACAAUUGAAAGUCAUAUUUUAUUUAAUUAAUGAAUAUAAAGCAAAAAUUAAUCUGGAAGAUAUAUCUGAAAUUCCAUGGGAUAUUGGAUUAAAACUUAUUGGAUACUGUUUCUCUGUACUGGACAGUUGGCCUGAGUAUCUAGAAAAAAGUAGUUGUAUAUCUUGUAUGGAUGAUUUAUGCUGUUUAGCGGUACUUCGUUGUCCAGACCAACCAACUAAUUUACCUAGUAUAACUUUAUUAAAUUAUUCUACUCAAGAAAAUGUCCGUUCUCGUAGAUGGCCUCGUAAUUGUCGUGUAGUUUAUUCACCAAGUAGAUUUUGUUAUUUAAUGAAUAAUAACAAUGAAGAAGUACAGACGAAAGUGGUCGAGAAUAAAAUGUUAGAUUUGGUAGAAAUACCAGUGCAUCAGUUGCCCUUAGUUAGAUUGAUCCAUAUACCUUCACUGCCAAGUAAUCUGUUACCUCAUACAAUUUCUAAAAACGGAGCGGAGAAUGUAGUUUCAUUGAAUAGAUCUCGUACAGUUAUUAUUCGAUCAGAUCGAAAUAAAUCAAAACCACCGGAAUCUAACAACAAUAUAGAAUCAUCAAAACCCACUGAUCCAUUUGUUUAUAAUCCUUUUCAAAUGGAUAAUUCUAGUGCAACUAAACAUUCGAUAAUCGAUUGGGUUUGUGAAGAACCUGGAUACAUAGAAAUGAUAGUUGAUAACAAGCUCCCAGUUGAUUUAAGAAUAUCUGAUUUACAUGUUGAAUUGAUGCCAGUUAAUAUUGGAUUAUCGACUAAGGAAUCAUCAUCCAAUCGUGUUUCGUUAUUGACUUCCGAUUAUGAAUCAUCAUUUGGUGGUGGUUCUACUGUAAACAAUGAAUGUUCAGAUGCUUUAUCAAACCUAAUUCAUUUAGAAGCAAUAUUUUUAACUGUGGAAACUCCACAAUCAGUUAAAUUACUACCCACUUCACAUUUGAGUAAUCUUGAUCUUGGAAAUGUGAAAAAUCAAACAAAAGAGAAUGGCUUCUAUGGUCGUCUGGAAAGCGGUUGUCUUUUAGAAGAAGCUGAAUUGCAUAGACAAUUUCCUUAUUCCAAUACAGAAUGCUUUUGGAGACGAAUUAAUUCAGAUGUAAACUGCAGAUUACCAUCUCAUACGAAUGGAAUUAAACUGUCGAUUGGUGUAGUACCAACUUUAGAUUUGUUAACAUCAAGUACUUCAUUCGAUGAUUCAAAUACAUGUUUACAUUAUCGAGUUGUUGGCAUUACUUAUCGUCUAGUCGAUUGUGGUGGAAUGAGAGUUUGCCUUAGACCAUCUGGAAAAUUUCUUUAUUCCUUGUCUUCACUUGGGGAAUCAUCUAGUAGAGGACGUGAAAGACAUCCGAGUGGUUCUUCAUCAUCUACUUUUUCAACUAUUCGAUCUUCAUGGAAUUUAGGUUCGGAACCUAUAUGUCCUAAUGGUAUUUCAAAUAUAUCUGAAUUUGAUAGUGAACAUUUAUUAUCGAAUUCAUUGGGAAUACAAUUUUCAUUAUUACCACUUAUUAGAUUACAACCUGCAAUGCCACGAAUGUGUAUGUUUCCAGGUCGCAUUUGCAGCGCAUUCGAUUUAAAUGAAGCUGUUGAUAUAUUGCGAAAUGAAUCAGCUAGUGAACAUUCAUGUGAUGUUACGAAACAACUCCAUUCACUUGGUCUAUCAAAAUUUCAUGUCCCUGAUCCUUCAGAAUGGUGUAAUCGUGUAGCUGCUGUGUUGGAUUUAACUAUAUUUCCAUAUGAAACUAGAUGGUUACCCAUCGAAUUAUAUAUUCGCGAUGAAAAUAGAUUCAAUGUUUCAAUAAAUAAUAUUAAUAAUAAUAAUAAUAAUCCAGAAAGUAAUUAUGAUUUCGAUAGUAAUUACUCAAUUAAACGUAACCUAAACUUGUUACAUGUAAAUUUAAAAUCAGUUUCAUCAAGUUUAUCAUUGUUAACCAAGUUAAAUUUAAAUGCAACUGAUUUUAUUCAAUGUAUCGGUUUAGAAGAUAUUCGAAAAAGAUUUCCUCUCCCAGUUGAAAAUUGUGAAGUACCAAAUUCUUUACCAAAUAUAAAUUCUGAUUAUGAUGAACAUUCUCUUCCAUUAUAUGCGACACAUGUUGGUUUAAUUUGGUUGAAAUUCGAUUCAGAUAAGUAUUGGCAAAUUGUGACCGAUCGAUUUUCUUCAGACCCUGAAAUUAAUGAAUUAAUGAAACCUACUCAAGUACAGUCGAUUUACAUUGAAUUAGAAAUUGAAUACGCUCUUGAUGCAACUAAAUCUUCACCAUCGUCUGAAAGUAAUACAUCAUCAUCUCUACUUUCCAAUAAUAAUCAAUCAUUAACACGUCAAAUUUCAUUAGGAUUCAAGUUGGAAUUACUGGCAUCAAAUUUAGCUCCAUUAAAGUUAUCUGAUUUAAUGUUAACUUUUGAAGAUAAACCAUUAACAAAUGAAUAUUACUUACAGAAAAAUAAAAUGACAAAAUUAUUUGGGGAAAAAAUUCAAGCUGAAUCAUUUUUAUAUGGCUCUGUCGAAACAAACUUAUCACAUACAUUUCUACCUCAGAUAUUGAUAGAACCUAAUCAUCUCCUGCAUUAUCGUCUCGAAAUAGAACUAGAAGAAAAUUGGUCUAAUAAACAACAGUCGAGGUCACUAGUACAAUUAAUUAGUCCAUGGUUAUUUCAUGUAUUUAAUGAAUCAGCAGAUAAUAGUUCUAAACGAAAGCAAUCACUAUCUUCUACUGAACUAUCGAAUGGCGUAUCUGAAAAAACCUCGAAUUCACCGAGUUCUCCUGUUUUAAACUCUUGUACAGAAGAUGUCUUGGAUAAUUUGAAAACUGCACAUCAAAUCCGUUUACCACUUAUUGGAUUUAGUGACUUAGUGUUCAGUAACAAAAUGACAAAACUUAUCAAUUCAGAACGGUUAAAAUCGAAUGAAUCAGGUAUUCCUAUUCCUGUGGAAAUUGAAGUACCUGGCAGUGUUUUAGAAUCAAAUAUAAAAAUAUUUUGGUACUCUCGUGUUCAAGCUCGUUGGAAAUCUGAUUGUAAAUCAGAAAAAUCUCAGCAAUAUGAAAAUUCAUAUUUAUGUUCUUAUUUUCGUCGAUAUGGUCGAAUAAUUUUACCAGCACAUGAAUGUCGAAUAGAUCCAAAAUGGUUUGCUAAUGAAGCUUUGUCAACAUCAUUAUUUAAACCUUGGUAUGAAUAUCCGUUCCUUAAUUCUGGCUCUGCUGCUGGCCUUCUCUGGUCAAAUAAUAUUUGGAUAGAUAUCAGUCUGGACCCACCCAUUCUUGAUUAUUCACCAAAUUUUCGAAUUAAUUCACAAAAAAAACUUGAUCCUCAAAGUCAACUAUGUUUACAAUGUCGUCAAGAUUAUUCUAUUGCACGUCGAACAACUGUUUGUACCCAACGUCGUAUUUCAUCUAUUUCAGUAUUAUUAAAUCAAGAAUUACUAACUAAUACCAACACUAAUAUCACUAGUACAAUAGCGAAAAAUCAGUUGAAUAAUUUAAAAAUAGAAGAAUUAUCAGUGGGACUUCGUAAAAUAUCUCUGCCCGAUUUAAGAGCUUCACGAAAAUCCAUUAUGAAUAUUAACAAAGAAGAUCUUUAUUCAUCGUCACGUAUUUGUACAUAUCCAUUAAAUCCUGUGUCUGUUUCUAUUCAAUGUGGAGUAAGGCAGAAUUUUUUACGGAAUAUUUUUAUGGAAAAUGAAACAAGCUCCACAACUCAACGAAAAAACUCGUUUCUCAACUCAAAUGGUACCACAGAUUCAACACAGGAGUUUCGAAUAGAACAUGUUUGGAUGGGUCCCGCUGUAUAUAGACAUGUUCAACACAUUAGUAAUGAUGAUCAUGAAUCAACUCAGAGUACUUUGUUAGGACCAUUAAUUGAAGGAAUGGAUUAUACUUUUGUUGGAAAAGCCUCAGGUAGUAUUGGGGUGAGUGUCCGAUUGCAUUUCUUAAACAUUAAAGCUUAUAAAUGUGUAAAUAAUUAACCUAUCAGAAAUGUUUGUAAUCACUGUAUGCUUUUGUUUUAAUGUUUUUAGUUCUCUAUCCCUCAGUCUUCGCCGUCAUCAUCAUUAUCACCAUCUAGUCAAAAAUCUGAAACAUCCAUUAGUUCUAUAAUAUUUUUACGUCCCGGAAAAUUUUGGGUUUGUGGUCUGUUAGGUAUAUUACCAGAAUCUUCCAUUUUAACUAUAGCAAAAGAUGGUCAAAUACCUACACCAUUUCAUUUACCAUCAGUACACAGUGUUGAAACUAUUCGUUUUUCGCCAAAUGGAAUCUAUGUUCAUGUACUUGAUUCACAUGUGUAAUGAUUUUUUUAUCUGAUUUAUUUUUUUUCUGAUCUAGAAAUCUACUUUCAGAAGAUAAAUAUAUCCUUCCACUCCCAUAGGUUAUUUAUACUGUUUCCUUCUGUGUUUAUUUUACUGUGAUUAUUACUUUUUCAAAGUGUCUGUUUAUCGGCGUUGUUUAGAAACAACCGGUUUCAAUAUAUUUUCCUGCCAUUUGUUUGUACUGAUUUCUUCCUUUCAUAAUUUUAUCAUUUAUCUAUCAUGUCCAACAGUAAUAUCAUUAUCAUACACUCAACGAUGAUUUGUCCACAUGUUUUAUAGUGAUUUAUAUACUUUAAAUAAAUUUCUUUGUUCUAUAGAUUAACAAAUUAAAUCAUUCAUAUCAUCAUCACAUUCACAUCAAAACAACAGGGAAUAUAAACAUGAAAAAAAGAGAAAAAUAUAUUAUUCAAUUUAAUCUCUUAUUUCUUAUGUUAUUUCUGUGCUGACUGUCUCAAAAUACACAUGAUACAUUUUUAGUCUACACUUUUCUAUUUUUCCCGUUUUAAUAUCCUUCAUUCUGCUUCUUCUUCACGUUUGUCGGCGUGUUUUUUUAUUCCUCCUCUUCUACUGUGAUAGAUUAAUAAUGAGUAUUUUUUUUAAAUUGCAUUUAUUAAACAGUAUAUUCAACGUUCACGAUUUGAUUACUUCGUUCAAUAUGUAGGCCAGUUAAUUGUAUGUGUGUAUGUAUGAAUAGAUAUUCUGCGAAGUUAGAGGGAAAUAUAUUUAUUCAAUAAUAAUGCUUGUGAUUACUAUCUCUUUUCUCUCAUUUAUAUCUUGCUUUAUUUAUUCAACCGAAAACAAUUAAACAUUAUACAUAUCAUAUAAGAAUUAUUAUCUUCAUCGUUCUGUAACAAAAAUAAAACAUUGAUUCAGUGUAUUGUAACUAGUGACUUCCUGUCCAUACAUUUAACCCUCGCCUCAAGAAUGAUGUGUGUGCAAUUGGAUAAAACUUGUUUACUUUCCAUUUCUAUAUAAAUAAAAUACGGUUGUGAUUUAUCCAAAUCAAUUGUUCACUAGUUCUUAAGUUGCUUUUGAUAUAAUAUUGUUUUAAUAAAUAACUUAUAAAACAGAAUAUAAACAUUCAUUUAG